CUGCCUUUUCGACAACCAACAUCGAGCUCGCCCUUCGAGCGCAUAUUUUGCUACGAUCGCACAAAUUGUUUCGAUAUCUGCGCAUGUCUUUCUACCCUCACCUAUAAUUUGCAGACGAUCGAAAGCAAAAUGAGCUUCCAGGUUCCCUACUCGUCCAGCCCUCCAUCAACGCCUGACAGGAGAUCAAACAAUGGCAACAAUGGCAUCUCAUUUGGACCUUCAAAUCCUUCCACUACCCCAGCUGGACCUCCACCUUCAUCGACUGGUUCAUUCACACCAGCUGGGCCCCCACCUGCCUCGAUCUUUGGAAGCUCCAUGAUGGAUAAUUCACCUCUCAAGCCUCUAUCUUUCUCCAAGCAGAGCACAUUUGGUACUAAUUCUCCAUCUGCCAGCUUCAUGCGAUCGUCCGUUGCGCCGCAGCGUUCAGGCCUAAGCCAUCAAUACGAUGUUCACGAGGAGGAGGAGGAGGAGCUGGAAGGAGAAUAUAUGGAAGAUGAGGAGCAUGACGACGGCCAACGAAAGACCCGAGAAUACGCUGAAGACGACCCUGAUGCGAUGUAUGACGACGAAGGAUCAUAUGAAGAUGAUGAAAAUAUGGACGACUACGAGGCCGAGCUUCCCAAGAGGAAUAAUGCGCCACGAUAUGAAGAUCGAGACGAGUCCGAGCUAUUACUUUCCACACCAGGCUCUUUGAAACGAAGUAGGGGAAUGAACGACUCUUUUGCACAAUCCAUGUCCCGACCUAGGAUAUCUCCAUUUGAAGCGAUCGCAAAGGGUUUAUACACUCGGAUGCCUGCACCAGCAAUAGAGGAAGCGGAUGACGUUAUUCUGGAAACUGAAGCCAUAGUCUCACGACUUUACGACGACAGCAUCGAAGUUGAUGAGGUUGAUGAGAUGGAUCAGAUUCGAGAAACAUUGGCCACCAUUCCCGGGGAGCUUAUAACCCUGUGGGAGGAGUAUUCUAGCAAGACUACUGUUCCGGACUCGGAGGAAUACACCGCAUCAAUAGGUCCUGGUCCAAAAGCAACCAAGUUUGCGAAAGCCAACUUCAUUGCUGGUCUUACUUUGCAAAUUCAACACCCAGAGAAGAUUUCAAAAGGGUUUGAUCGCAAAGUCAAACCGCUACCACAAACUCUGCUUGAGUGGAUGGAUGAAUACCAUAAUCCGUACCCAUCACAAUUUGAAGAGAUUCAGUCCCACAAUCCUAGUCCAGCGAAUCACCGCCUUUUCUGGGACACGAUCUUUAACUGUCUUAUUCGUGGCAAGGUCGUCGCGGUUACGAGUAUCUUAACAGCGGCCGGAUGGAACUAUGCCAGGAAUGAUACAGAUGAACCACGGAAACCAUUCGCUCCAACUGGAUUCUCAGGUGUAGCCUUGGCUAACAUUGAGAAAGUCGUGAACACUGCCAUUCAUGUUCUUCACUUGUGUCCUGCCGGCAACGGAGACUGGAACAUCAGAAACAGUGAUUGGACUCUGUUCCGACUGAGGGCUGCUUCUGCUUUGGAGGAACUCAAAAACUUUGCCGAGGGUCGAAAUCGAGACAGCGAGUCUCUGGAACGCUCUGGAAUGUAUAGCAAGACCGCACAAAAAGCAGAAAGCAAAGUGCCUUGGCACAUAUACCAGAAUCUUGUUACCAUGUAUAAUCUAGUCAUGGGAGAUGUGGCGGCCGUCACUGAGAAUGCACAAGAUUGGCUGGAAUCGACCAUCGGCUUGCUUGUAUGGUGGGAUGAAGGAAAGGAUGAGAGGCGCCUAGGUCGCUCUCAGAAUACGUACCGGGCUGCAUCGCGAGAGACUGAUGAGAGUGCAUUUCGGCGUAAAUUGCAGCGAUCUUUCGAGAUAGCAACAGCUGACUCGACUGACUUCGCCAUAAACAGUGCAGAUGAGAUUGAAGUAGCGCUAGCAUCACUCUUUGAGGGUGACUAUGUAUCUGUCAUUGGAUUUUUACGAGGAUGGUCGGGACCUGUCUCUUCCGCUGUAGCAGAAGUGGCAUCCCUGGGAGGUUGGCUGCCACGGGUGGAAGAGAAGAGUUUGAUCAAUAUGGGUAGCUUGGAUCAGGACGAUAUGGAUCUGCUUGGACUUAAUUCAUCUCCAUCGAAAGCUGACGGGGUCAAGGAUCAGACGCUCAUCGCCUAUGCUCGAGGUCUGGCACGAACAGGCGAGUUGAGGACUUCCGCCCGCUCUGGACAACCUCAAACCGUGCGUGAAGGCUGGGAAAUAUCAAUUGCACUACUGGGCAGACUUGACUCUACCGAACGCUCGGAGGAAAUGGUCGGGACAUUUUUGGAAGAUAUUGAUCUGGAUUCAUCAAGCACAGUUGACAAGUUAUGGACACUGCUCAAUAAUAUUGCUUUGAGCCGCCAUGCCGAGAUGGUAGCUGAGUCUUACGCAAAUUCUCUCGCUGAAGGCUCCCAUAGAUAUGGUGAAGCUUUGUGGUACUAUGCCUUGGCACAUAGGAGCCAAAAAGUCAAGGAUGUGCUCGAUCUACUUAUUUCGUUCUCUCUAAUUCAGUCAACUGCAUAUCCUCCAGAGUCAGAAUUAGACGAUCAUCUUCGACAUCUCAUCGCUGCCCCGAAUACCGCCCUAAGCGAAUUGGCUGAGAUGGACGACGAGGCUGCUAAGCUACUUCUCAAGAUGCUCAGUGGUUAUGCGACAUUGAGGAAGUUCUAUGACCUUAGAGACGCUGAGGUUCUGCAAGCAACAAAUGGAAAGCCUCGGAAGGGUCGAAUUGAACGCAAGAAUGAGGCGGCAGCAGCUUUGAUAGUAGUCAUCGCUAGUUCAGACGACAACAUUCGAGGUGGUCUCUACGACGAAGGCCGCGGAGCAGUUGUCAGUGUCGACUUCUUACUAGCACUGCUAGGAGAGGCGAUGGUCUUCAUCAACCAACCAGAUUUUGCGAUCACGGUCUCAGACAUUGAUAUUUUGUUGAAGGCUGUUGAGGAUCUCCAGACUGUUGGACCCCGUGUUUAUUCAGCCUGUACAGAAUUCUUACAGACUGUUGUAGCUUCAGGACAAGGUCUUAAGGGUUCAUCUCCAACAGACAUGUUACGGAAGUCGACAUCAAACGUCAGCGGAACAAGCAGUUUCUCCCUUAUUGGAAGCUCAAUGCUAGCCUCGCAGUUGAAGCAAUCAAUGAGCAGUAGCGGUGUUCUUGUUAGAGGGAACAUCAAGCGUGGUUGGGAUUGGAGAAACGGUAUCUCUGCAGGCACAUCUGGAGACGAUUUGCUGAGAAUUUUGAGGCUGGGGCUAGCUCAAUCACUGGCCAAAGCAUGGCUUACCGAAGCCGAUGGCAGGAUGUAAGAUACAGAUGGCUGAAAAUGUGUACCAUUUGCAUUGCUGGCGUCCGUAAAGCGGCUGAUUUUUGGACGAGUAGAUCUGGUAGCAUAGCGAUGAGCUCCUGAUAUGUGAGAAACAAAAUAAUGAUACCCUCAAACCCACUUUUCCAAGUUUCUUCACCAACGUCGUGUCAAAAAUCGUCAGCAUUCAGCUCAAAUCUACCUCUACGCCACGCUCUACCUCUUUUUUCUACUCAAACUCAAAAUGCAUGUCAUCU